AAAAAAAGGCAACUGCUUUUUGCCCUGCCUCCCUCCCCCACCCAAGAGUGAUGAGUGUUGAGCAAGACUGUCCUAUUGUAGAGAUUCUGGUAAGUGGCACAUAGCUAGAAUAGAAUAGCAGUUCGAGUCACUUAUCACUGUGGACUAGAAGUUAACUCUUAAUGCUAAGCUGUCUUUAACUGUCUUCAAAGAGCAUAUACAUUUCUGCGUGUAAGAGCAGGACAAAUUCAUAGUUGUCAUGCUUGCUAAUUUCAGUUGCCACAGUGUAGCAAGGGACGAACCAUUUUCAACCCUUCAAUUCUAAAAAUUUCCAAGACCAAAUAGCAACUCCUUAAACUGUGUAUCAGGAACUGGAAGUCUCAGAUUUUGCAGAUUUACCUAUUUGGGUUCUUGCAGUGGAGUUGCCCUGCAGCUUUCUAAGUGUCCCUCUAGAUUUAGAUUUGCACGUUUUCAGCACUAGCGUUAAUGUGAUUGAUAAGCACGGGCGUGCGUCCCGUGUCCUCCUCUCUGGCUACCGGUCUGCUCUGUUGACUUCGGACACUUGACACCAUAAUGAGGCAGAGUCAGGUAUCAUCAGUGCACGGAGUUUAGCAUAGGUAAUGUAGUCCUCUGAUCUGUGCCUAUCAAAACUUCAUGAUACUAGACUAUUACUACAAAUAACUUUUGAUGAAACUAUUGAGAUCGGUUACAGUUUCUGAAAUCACCACUGUUAACCCGCUGUAGAAAAUAGUACAGGCUUGGUCUAGUCUGUAUGCAACUGGUUCAAGUUUGAUGGCUGUCUAUACUCCACCGGGUAUGUGUAUGUAAAUUAGAAAAUACAUCUCUAUCCAGACCUAAAUGUUAAGACCUUUUUUCUCUCUUCCUCCUACUAUAUAAUUUGUAGCUCAUCUUUUUUCUUUAAUCCUUUCAUAACUUGUUGGAACAGUUUGAAUUUCCCAAAUAUUUAUGUUUAGACAGAUGGCUCAGAAUAUAUAUUUAACAUCACUAGCUGUAUAUAUUUUUAAAGUAAAAUAAAUAAUGGAAAGGGACUUGAUACACAAGUUUAUUACUAAAAUUUCAACUGUGUGAAGAUCCAUUUAAAGAUAUUACUUUGCUAAUAAUCUAAACAUUCUUUUUUCUAUUAAAGAAACAAAUGGUUUGUGGUUCACAGCUUUCAUCCUGACUGAUACGAUAAUCAACUUUGAAAAUACAGUGAACUGAAAAGCAAUUUUAUUCUUUGAAAGAUUUCAUUUAAAUCUCUGUACAUCCACUUUUGCUUCAGUUUGUAAAUGUGUAACAUUUAUAGUUAAAUAGGACAAAGCAGAGCCUAUGACUAUUGUUUUAAAAAAUUAAACAAGUUAAUAUAUAAAUAAUUCAAAGGGGGUUUUCAUUUACUUUUGAAAAGAAAAAUUUCUCUAAACACAUGUUGGUUCUCCAGGAUUGCACCAAUCAAUUCUUGUAGAAUAAAAAAAAAAUCUUUCAACAAACUGACUUCAUUUGUUUCUGUCAGGAUUUGUCUUUUUAAAGCUCCUUACAGACUUGCAGCUUGGGGUACAGUUUGUAGCGAGAGAGUGAUUUUUUUUUUUUUUUUUUUAAGUAGGCUCCACACCCAGCGUGGAGCCCAACUCAGGGCUCAAUCUCACAACCCUGAGAUCAUGACCUCAGCCGAAAUCAAGAGACAGACACUCAACCAACUGAGCCACCCAGGUGCCCUGGGAGAGAGUGAUUUUUAUUUGGUAUUUCAUUUAAACAUCUCAGGGGCUGGUCAAGAAAGAUAAAGAAGAGGAAUAUCACCUCUAAACUACCUCCUUUUUAACCUUUGUGCAUUUCUUACUGCAAGUUUAGGUGAAAAGAAGUUAAACCCUCAGUUUCCUAAAAAGCUCUUCGUUUUUGUGGGUUUUUUUUUUUUUUUUUUUAAGUAAAUUAACCUUAGGUUGUUCAAUACCAAGUUUCCUCGGGUUUUUUCCUUUCCCUUCAUAAUGCAGUCAUAGGGGACAUCCUGGUUCCUGGGCAAAAUUCAACAAAAGUAGCAGAGAAGGAACAGCAAACAUAGGUUAAUAUUUAUUGAAUGCUUACCCUGUGCUGGGUGCUAUGCUAAGUAUUUUACUUGUGUCGACAUGUUUCAUCUUUGCGAUAAUCCCGUGAACUAAGGAUAUUCUUCCCAUUUCACAGAUGAGGAGACAGAGGCGUAAGAACCUUCCUAUACCUCAGUCGUGAGCAGCGGUGGUGUGACCCGUGGCAGUCCGGCUCCAGAGCCCUCUCCGGCCACUGUGCAGCACUGCCUUAUACACACCAAUUAAGGGUAGAUCUCGGAAGGCUUAGCUAUCUUGAUUUCGGUACAGCUCAACGGCACUUCAGGGCUUUUUGGCUUUGGAGUCACAGCCAAGUUCAAGUUAUGGUUGUGUGACCUCACACAGAGGAUUUUAUGAAUUCUCUGUAUUUCUGUUUCUUCAUCUACUGCUAAGGUAAUACCUACUAUAAUGAGAGGUAUUUAUGAAACACUUAGUGCCUAUCAUAGAUAAACACUUCAUAAAUAGCUCUGUUUUUCUCAUUGGUCCAGUUCUAGUCUCUUGAUCUUUAGGUUCUGAAGUUCUUACUGUAGCCUCUAUUCGUAUGGCUCUUAAAUAAUAUGUAACACAAAUGUGAAAGCGUUUAUCUAUUGUGUACUUAAUAGUCUGCUAGAUGUUUCAAAAAUGAAGAAGAUAGUCUGACCCCCAGGAACCUAACUUAGUUGAGGGAGACAGGAUAGCUCUAUGAGCAACUAAUGUUACUUAAGUAGUGAAGCGAAAUCGACUUGGAGAGUCUCAAGACAUUCUAGGAUGCUAGAAGUAAAGAGACUACAGGAUCUAAAGACUUACUCCCCAAGGAAUUUCACUCUGGCUUCCCACAGGGGAAGCCCAUGGUUGUCUAACUAGGCCAGUGAUUAAGUGGAUUAAUCUCUAAUUCAGGGAUAUGGGCUUUUAGCCAGUCUCCGUUGCCACGUAUUGAAAAAACAUGUUCUUUAACUUUGUUAAUAAUAAAAGUGAUGUUUGAUCUAACUUCUCUGUCAUGGUUGUUUCCAGAUCUGGGAGGAAAUACAAGGAUGGCAUCACCAAAUGCACUGUUUUUCAGUCCACAUUGCCCCAUUUUAUCCAUAAGAUACUAGAAGUGAUCAUAUUACUGGCUGGAAUCAAGAUAGACUAGAAGUAACACUGGCCUGGCACAGUCUCUUUUAGCACUGAAUGAAAAGAAAUGUUGAGAAAGAAGUAAAGCUCUCGUCCUCUGCCUCAGAUAUUUAUGAUGGGUGUCGGGAAGUCUAAAAUAGACCCCUGCCCUAUCUCUCUCUCUUGGGGUAAAAGCCCUGGGGUGGAAAUGAGUCAGAGACGCCAGAAAUCAGUUUCCAAGACACCCGACGACCUCUCCCUGUGCCAUCUGGCUGAGCCUGGCCCCGCGGCCCUGGCGUCCGCUGGGGAGCACGAGGGAGCCGAGGGCCGGGGAGACAUGUCGGAGAAGGAGGAUGAGGACGAGGACGAGGUGUUCCUCAAGUUCGUGAUCCUGCACGCGGAGGACGACACAGACGAGGCCCUCAGAGUCCAGAAUGUGCUGGAGAACGACUUCGGCAUCAAGCCCGGGAUCAUCUUUGCCGAGAUGCCCUGCGGCCGGCAGCACCUGCAGAACUUGGACGAUGCCGUGAACGGGUCUGCGUGGACCAUCUUGUUACUGACCGAGAACUUCCUGAGAGACACCUGGUGCAAGUUCCAGUUCUACACAUCGCUCAUGAACUCGGUGAACAGGCAGCACAAGUACAACUCGGUCAUCCCCCUGCGGCCCCUGCACAAGCCCCUGCCCCGCGACAGGACUCCCUUCGCUCUGCGGACCAUCAAUGCCCUGGAGGAAGAGAGUCGGGGCUUCCCCACCCAAGUCGAAAGAAUCUUCCAGGAGUCCGUGUAUCAGAUCCAGCAGGCUCUGUGGAAGGAGAGCCGAAGCAGUGGCCGCCACCAGGCCCUCUCCUGAGAUGGAGCCCCCAACACGCGGCUGGCUGGCUCUCGUCUGGCAAAGGCCACCGCUCGUCUCCGCUUAAGAAGGCCCAGCUCUGGCAAGAAGUUGACAGAAGCUGACGCAAACCCAGGCGCUCAAGCACGAUACAUUUCUGCGGGACACCACGUAGACUUUGGAAGUACUUUUCCAUAUUUCGGAUAAACUUGAGACUGUCCGAGCUUCGAGAACAUUCCUCUUUUCCUUUUCUGGGUCCAUGCGUGUCACAAAGGAUAGCCUUCAUUUGCAUCCCUUGUGUCAGUCCUUGAACACAGACUUCGGUGAGAGAUGCUGUACAGAUAUGAUGACGCUUCCAUUUGUUUGCAAAGGACACGUGGGACAGAAGGUCCCCAGGAGAUCUGACCGCCCUUCCUUGGGAGGCCCCUCUCAGAAGCGCCCCAGGGGAGAGUGGCUGGUCUCGUGGCCCCGACGAGAACAUUCAGAAUGUUGAGUAAUGAUGCCUACGAAAUUAAAAGCCGAUGCGAGAGUGGUGGGGCGCUUUACAAGACACCGAUCGACUGUUGUUUUUCCUUCUGCUGGAAUUGGGGGAUUUGGAGACAGUGCCUACCAUUGACUAGCCACCCAUUUGGUGGCGCUGUGGCUAGGGGACUCCAGGGAGCCCUGUCCUGAGGUCCCCUAGAGCCUCAAGCUCUUGUUAGGUCAUCCGUAACCAGGGCUUCAUGCGCACGGUUUCUGAAACGUGUGUGUCCUUGGCUCGGUGUUCUCCUUCAUCUCUCUCAGGGCAGCCUUUAAAAAAUUCCUCUCACUCACAGGGCUCUACCCAGGAAGUAUUUCUCAGCUCGGUGAUCAGAGUAGCCUCAGCGUGUGCGCGUCUGUACGUCGUAGAUUAUCCACAGACUUAGGAUGGAAGCAGGAGACGCGUUCUGUGUGCCACAUCACAGCCUCCCGCAGAGGCCUACCCAGCCCUGUCCUGUCCCUUCAUGCCCUCCUGGCUCACCUGCAGCUGAGGGAGAGGCCUCAGGUACAGACGGGCGACGGGCUGGAGUGCGAGUCACGUCAUGUUGUAACAAGCAGAGCGGCCGCUGGGGACCAGGAGACCUGGUUCCUGUCCAGUCUCUGCUGCUCGGGCUGAAUGUGAUCUUCUCCGUUAUCUGUGACAUGAAAGGCUUGAAUUGAUGGAGCUCUAAAGGGCCUUUGUCCUCUCUCAGAAUGUGAACAACUAGGCACCAGAAAAGGGAACAAGCGAAAAAACAACAAUUUUGUAAUGUGAUGUAUAAUAAGUCGCAGGAGGCUUAAGAUAGGCUCCCAAUGAAAGGAUAUGCUAAUGUGUUGAUGGCAUAAUUGAUUUCCGAUGCUAUCUGCUACGUUUUCAUAGUCAAAACUGAAUUACAAUACUUGCUUAAUCAGAUUCUUUUAAAAUACAUUUUUUGUAGGGAUUGUUGAGUAAAGACGUUCUGCCUGAUGUUUCUUUCUCCUUAUCCUCACUUCGUGUCUCCUCCUAGUCCUGGGGUCUGCUCACAUCUUUCUGCCUCCACCUCUUCAUAGCCAUGACCGAAUGUUCUGCGAGGAACUUUUCCCAUAAUCCUGCAAGUAAGUCAAACCUCCUACUUUAUAGUACUCCUUGAAGAAGAGAUUGUUUUCAUUGUGCGGUGACAUUUGCUUAAAGUCCCUUUCUAUCAUAGUAGCUUACUACUCACUUUUCUUUUUCAGUUUUAAUAAUACGCUUUUUUUCCCCCUCUGCGGCUUCAUCUAUCUCCAAUUUCAUAUAGUAAAAAAACAUUAACCCACCCUUCCUGCUUACUACCAAAGUGGGAGCCAUGGAUGCUGGAUGGUGUUUUUUAAAUAAAUGUUUCUAUUCAUUACCCUUGACUACACUUGAUUAUUUCCAACUCCAGGGAAGACUGUGGGAAAGUAUUUUGAAAAAAAGGCAUUAAUCUGUACUCCUCCACAGAGUACCAGGCACAGCGUCUCCUUCAAUCUGGAGUGAAAUACAUUUUUUGUAAUGAAGAAAAAUAUGAAGUCCUGAAUAACUGUGUAUGUUGUAAUUAACUGCUGUAAAAAGAACUACCAAAUAACUAUACCGAGGAUGACAAGAAGUCAAGGUGCAGCCUUGGUUGUAUGUUUGUGUGUGUGUACGUAUGUGUAGAUCAGAUUUACAUGCACACGGAAAUUCUGUAACACUGUGCCGCAUGCUGGAGAGCUUCCACGUGGAGGACUCUCUGGGCUUCAUUGCCCACCCUGGAGCUUCACAGAAGGGCCUGGGUUGUGCCGAACAGGCCUGUUAGGAUUCUUCCAGAUGCAGGAAACAGAAACCCAAUGCCACGUGACCCACACCAUAAGGUAGGCUUCUCUAACUUAACAAGAGGUUCCCUAAGGUAUGGUGACUCCAAGGUGUCCUUUAAAAACCCAAGUUCUUGGGCGCCUGGGUGGCUCAGUCGGCUAAGCAUCCAACUCUUGAUUUCAGCUCAGGUCAUGAUCCCGGGGUCCUGGGAUCGAGCCCCGAGUCAGGCUCCCUGGUCAGCCUGGGAGCCUACUUCUCGGUCUGCCAUUCCCCCUGCUUGUGCUUUCUUGCUCUCUGUCAGAUAAAUAAAUAAAAUCUUUAAAAACAAACAAAUGAAUAAAACCCCCAAGUUCUUAUAAACAACGGCGUAUUAUUCUACCUCAAAAAGAAGAUUCUGAUACAUGCUCCAACAUUAGAUGAACUUGAAAACAUGUGAAGUGGGAAAAAAAAAAAAAAAACAGACGCAAAAGCCAAACACAAAUAUUAUAUAUAGGACUCUAUGAGGUACCUAGAACAGGCAAAUUCAUAGCAACCGGAAGAACAGAGGUGACUGGGGGUUGGAGGGAGGGAAGAAUAGGGAGUCAUGUCUAGUGAGUACAGAGCUUUUGUUUGGGGUGAUGAGAAGUUUCUGGAAAUGGAUGGUGGCAAUGGUUGUACAACAUUGGGAAUGUACUUACUGUCACUGAAGUGUACGGUUAAAAUGGUAAAUUUUAUUUAUAUUUUACCACAGUAAUAAACAGAAAAACCCAGGAUCUUCUCAUCCUUUGGUCCUGCCGUCCUCAGUGUCCCGGUUGAGCCCCCUCAGAGUACCCUGGCUGCUCAUUUAUACAGCUGGGGGAGAGCAGGGGGAGGGCCAAAGGCAGAGGGAGAGAGAGAAUCCCAGGCAAGCUCCAUGCCCAGCAUGGAGCCCAGUGUGGGGCUCGAUCCCACGACCCUGAGAGCACGACCUGAGCUGAAACCAAGAGUCUGACACUUAACCAACUGAACUACCCAGGCACCGCAGAUUUUAUUAUUUUUAAAAAUUUCCACCUGCACCCAGUGGACCCCUUCUCCUGCUUCCCGUCCCCCAUCCCCUGAAGCCCACUGCUGUGGAGUCAGACCCCCACCCUUUCCCUCGAUAAAUUGUGAUCUUAAGCGAGACCCCUCAUUUCCUGGGUCUCAGGGUCCUCAUCUAAAAACAGAGCUAAGAAUACCUGGAGGGUGGGAUGAUUCUGAGGAUUCAGUGAAAUAAUGCACGUGGAACACAGAAGGACCUCCCACUUAGCCAGGCUACUACAGUAAGAUGGGACGCUGGGUGGGGGGAGGGCAGAUAGGAUUGCCCCCAACCCUACUUUUGGAACCCUGGCAACUCGUAGGGAGCAGAUUUUAAAGAGAAAGCAGGCCUUGUCUCCCCGAGCCAAGCCGAGCUGUGCAGAUCCCAUCCCAAACCCAAAGGAGCCCUGAUGGCAGGGCUGUGUGAGCUGCGGAUGGUGGGUGUGGCUGAGGCCUCAGCUGCCCUGGGCGGUCGGUCCCGUGUCCCUGCCUCUCCUCCUGCACGUAGCCCGGUCUGCCGCCACCGGCUGCUGGGCCAUCCCCAGAACGUGACUGUCCCUCCGUACUUGCGGGAAGGUCGGAAGGGCAAGGAGGAAAUUUCAGAAAGCUGCCAGGCACUUGACGGAGUGAAAUCAGAGCAUCUGAAAAUGGAUCUCCCUAAGCCGGGGACGAACGGGAAUGAACUAGCGAGAGAGAAUGGACGUUGUCCUUGAACCUGAGGUUUCUCAUGAGAUGCCGCCGAGGAGAGAGACGCUUUCGAUUUUGAAUCUUCCAUGGCUGCCUAGGAACGAUAUUCUUAAAGAAAUGUGUCCUCUAAGUCCUACUUGGCAAUCCACGUUGUUAAUACAUGAAGUUCAAGUUGGAGUAAAGAAUACUUGAAUGUGCCAUUAACGAAUAACUCAGAGCAUUGGAAAUUACUUGAUCCAAAGCCCAACAAGUGAAGCUGUGGAGAGAAAUAAGAGAGAGUUGCUCUCUUUGCCAAUGCACUAGCUUUCACAACUGUUUACUCCAAUAUCCGUACUCCGUUCACACCUCCCUCCCUUUCUGGCAUGAGCCAGAAUUGUUGGGGGGCUGCUAGGGGGUGGUGAAUAACGCCUUCAUUUGGAAUCACACUCCUCUCCUUGUCUUCAAAUAGAGUUAGCUCUGAGUCACUUUACUCGAGGUGAAUAAAUAGGAAUGCUUUUUUAAGCAAAUAACAGGAACCUGCAUUUAAAGAAUUUUUUUCUUCUUCUUCUUCAUAAUCAAGUUGGGAAUGUCCCUGCCAGUUACCUCCUCAAACAACAGGUUUAAAGCAAGGAAAUCUCGGCCGACUAGCUCCUCCCGGGGAUUUUUGUGGCCACGGCCAGGAUGCAUAACCAGCUUUACAGAUUUCUUUAUUUAUAAAUAAAAACAUGAAUCUGAAAUUAUAUUGUGGUGAAGGUUGCACAAUUGUGCAAAUAUACUAAGUCUGCUGAGCUGUACACUUUGCAUGUGUAGAUUUUAUGGUGUCUAAGAUACAGCUCAAUAAAGAAUGAAAAGCAAACAACACCCCCCUGCCCCCCGCCCCCCCGCAAGCCGCAACAAUAAAAUGCUAUAACCAUUCGGAACACAGUUUGGCAGUAGCGAGUGAUGUUGAAAAUGGGGCUAUUUUGUGAAUCUAGUGAUUUUUCCCCUGGAGCUGUGGAAUUGUACCCUAGAGAAAGCCUCCCACAGGUAUUGAAAGAAGCAGGUAUACGGAGGACGUCUGUUGCAAUAUUCUCUGUACUAGUGAAAGACUGGAAGCAAUCUAAAUCUCCAACAGUGAGAGAAUUCAGAAACCCAUUAUGGCAGGUACCUACAAUUGACUACUUUAGAGCUUUUAAAAUAACAAAGCUUAAAAAAAUAUCAACAUGUGUUAAGUCCCAAAAACAGUGCUGAGGGGGAGGGUGCAGCAAGCUAUAAAAUAAUAUGGACCACCUGAUAACCGUUUUAUAUAAAGUUUUAAAACACACAGGUGGCACUCUUUUUUUUUUAAGAUUUCAUUUAUUUACUUGAGAGAGAGAGAAUGAGAGAGAGAGCAUGAGAGGGAGGAGGGUCAGAGGGAGAAGCAGACUCCCUGCCGAGCAGGGAGCCCGAUGCGGGACUCGAUCCCAGGACUCCAGGAUCAUGACCUGAGCCGAAGGCAGUCGCUUAACCAACUGAGCCACCCAGGCGCCCAGGUGGCACUCUUUCUUGACGGAUACACACAUAGGUGACAGUAUGUUAUUUUCAAUGUUUUUCUGUAUGUUCGAAAUAGCUAAUCUUUUUUUUUUUUCAGUUAGCACACACUUGCAGUCGUGUUCAGUGCCGUAGGAAUUUCCUUACACAUACAAUGAAUUGAGGAAUGAAAAAAAAAAAGACUCGACAGAUAAUUUAGAAAAAUAUCUGCUGGUAAUAAUAGGUUUCAUUUUUUAUCACCUACGGUGUCAGGCACUGAACUUACAUUAUGUCCAAUAUUCUGUAGUUCCUAGAUGCUUAGUCUGAUCAUGUGCAAUAUGAGUCCCAGGAAGCUGAAGCUGGAGACACAAGUCCUAAGCCCCAGGUUCACAGGCUGGAAGACAAUGGAGUCAUUAGAAUGUCCCACGGUCUGGCUCCUAAGCCUGGUGGUGGUUGUUAGGCUCCAUGAUGCUGUUUCUCAGUGGAUCUGCCUGCUUUCUCAUGGUGGAGAAUCUUAGGAGAGGUCAGUGGUGCAAAGAGAAAAAAACAAAAACAAAAACAUAGCAAUUUCUAAAUUAAACCCCAGUGUCUGUGUGUAGUGAGUUUGCCCUAUUUUUAGUCUUUGCCUACUGUGAGUAACUCAUGACUGGGAGUCAGGAGAUACAUGUCCUGACUCCACGGAGCUGUCUUUCCUAACCUUUUCAGUCUUCUCUCUUCAUUAGGCUGAAAUUUUAUCCUCAGUUUUGCAUAGGACCCCUGCUUCGUUUUGCUUUGUCUUACUUGCUUUCUUUGCGCAGGCUAGAGGUUGCCGAUGGUAAAUGAAACACUGAUUUAGAGGGAGGAAGAAGAAUGAGAGGAGCAGGAUAAGUGGACAUUGCGUUUAUUUCAGGAAAAUCAGUGUUGCAGCGCUCCCGGAUACAUAUAACUGUGGGUUGUUGCUAUGUACCUUUAGGAAGACAAGGUGGUUUCGCAGAGUCACAAAACGCUGACUAAGGGAACAAAUGUAGACAUUCACAUACACUAUGAUCUGUGAGUUUCGAGAGGGGCUCGUUGUAACACAAAUUAUUUUUCAUGAGUAGAUGAUACUAUAGAUAAAAUUCCUAUGACCUAGAAUGCCAUAUGUUUUGAUGACAGGACAGCCUGUGAGGACACAUUAUCUAAGUUCACGUCUCAGAGCUGCUGUGAAAAGGAAAUGAGUCAACCCAGGUAAAGCGCUGAAGACAGGGUGGGUGAGACUUUCCAGGAAGUCCCCGUCGUCCUGUUCCAGCCCAUGACUUCUGGCCGACUGCUAAGUGAUUAGCUAAGCAGUUAGAUCCAGAUCUUGGUUGUUGCCCUAUUUUUUUUUCCCCCUUCCAGACCAUAUGGGUUCAUUUUUCCCUGAAAAGUUUGCCAAAAGCCAAGGAACAGUCCAUCUGCCACUUAAACAAGAACAGAUUUAUUGCUUUCAACUUAAAAAAGUCAAGAUGAGCUCCCCCUCACUGUGGGCCUCAUCCCCCCUCACUGUGGGCCUCCUCCGUGCUGCAUGUCUGGUGGCUGGUGCAGUCCCGACAUCCAUUCACUGGAGCAGAGCCAAGGGAGAGAACUUAGGGGCCGUGCUCUAAGGCAGGAGGUGACAGAAGGAUCAGUAGUCGCUGACCCCCAGGACUCUAAUACUUUCUUUGUUUCACUGGAUUUUAUAUUUGCUAAAGGCCUGGAAGGCUCCCAGCCAUUCACCCAUGGGUCAAGCUAAGUGUGUUUUCUUUCCCUAGGGUUUUUUGUUUUGUUUUGUUUCAUUCUUAGGAAGAACUUCCCCAUGUGAAGAUUAUUAAAAUUAUCCUCCUUGGGCACCUGGCUGUCUCAGCCAGAAGAGCAUGUGACUGUUGAUCUCGGGAUUUGUAAGUUCGAGCCCCACAUUGGGUGUAGAGAUGACUUAAAAAUAAAAUCUUUAAAAAAUAAAUAAAAUGACAUUAUCAUCUGGUUUCUUCUAGUGCCUUAAUGGGUUUAUCAUCCACAUUGAAGUCUUUGACCCUUGUGGAAUUUAUUUUGGUGUGAGGUGUGAAAUGUUGGUGUAAUAACUUUUAUUCCAGUUGCUUAACAUCCUUUUGUGAUCAUCUGUCUCUCCCCAAUAGUUUUAUUUAUUGGGAUUAUUUAUUUUUUUAAGAUUUUAUUUUUUUUAUUUUUUUAUUUUUCUAAAGAUUUUAUUUAUUUAUUUGACAGAGACAGAGACAGCGAGAGCAGGAACACAAGCAGGGGGAGUGGGAGAGGGAGAAGCAGGCCUCCCACGGAGCAGGGAGCCCGAUGCGGGCCUCGAUCCCAGGACCCUGGGAUCAUGACCUGAGCCGAAGGCAGUCGCUUAACCAACUGAGCCACCCAGGCGCCCUUAAGAUUUUAUUUUUAACUCAUCUCUACACCCAACGUGGGGCUUGAACCUACAACCCUGAGGUCAAGAGUCGCACGCUCCACCGACUGAACCAGCCAGGUGCCCCACUCUCUCCGAUAGUUUUAAAUGCCAUCCCUUCACCUCUUAAGUGUUCAUGGAUGUAUUCUGGGCCUAUUCUUAGGCUCCAUAGUGUUUGCUGUUAAUCUGUCAAUUUAUUCACGCAUACUCAUCACACCGUUUUAAUUAUCAUCACUUUAUAAUAUGCUGUAACAUCUGAGAAAGCUAAUCCACCCUCACUGCUCUUCAUUUUCAGAAUUUUCUUCUCCUCUGCUUGCAUGUUUACUCUUUCCUAGGAGUGUGAAACAUUAACUUUGAUAGGUUAAUGUUAAAAUAUGCUUAUAAUCCUGCAAAAGUCCUUUUGUUAUUCUUAUUGGGACCACAUUACAUUUAUGGCUUAGUUUAAGGAGAUUUGGUAUCUUGAAGAUGGGUGUCUUCCCCUUGAAGAACAUCUUACACCAAAGAGCAACACGGUUGUAUACCAUCCUGGGAGCUUUUAACGAAAAUGCCAACCAAGGUUUUGUGUAUGUACAUUGUGUAUGUCAGAGUUUAAAGCAGGGGAGGAGGGGCGCCUGGGUGGCUCAGUUGGUUAAGCGACUGCCUUCAGCUCAGGUCAUGAUCCUGGAGUCCCGGGAUUGAGUCCCAUGUCAGGCUCCCUGCUCAGCAGGGAGUCUGCUUCUCCCUCUGACCCUCCUCCCUCUCAUGCUCUCUGUCUCUCAUUCUCUCUCUCGCAAAUAAAUAAAAUAAAUAAAUAAAUAAAGCAGGGGAGGAUGCCAAUAUGGCUGCCUGAUUUUCACUACCUCUGAAAUACCUAUUACAUGCAGAGCAGUAUCUGUUUCCCCUAGUGCGUCUCCAUGCUCUCGGGGUGAGUGUUGUAAACUGUCUGCUACUCAUCUUGUGCUGAGGAAUUACACUUAGUAUCCUCAGAUACAGGGAAACGUGAGAACUGGAAGGCAACUUUCAGAAAUGAACAUUUCUCCUAAGUUUGGUUUUAUUUGAAAUUGUUCUAGAAUGCAUUUUCCUCGUAGUCCCAAAGUAUUUUAUUGCUGAGUUUUUAGAUGUUCCUCCUAAUUUUUCUAAGGAUCUCAAAUUUAUAAUACACGUGUUUUUUUCUGGAUGCUUGAAUGACUUCUUUGAGCUGAAAUUUUGUUGACGCACCCCUAUACAUUUUAAUCAAUGAACGUACAUCAAGGUUUGAAAUGAAAGAAGAAGAUUUAUAUAAUAGUAGCCUUUCCAUUUGUGGAUUCGGGAGGAUAAAAAUUUUCUCUGAACAAAAAAGGGGCGCCUGGGUGGCUCAGUCGGUUAAGCAGUCUGCCUUCGGCUCAGGUCAUGAUCUCAGGAUGCUGGGAUCGAGCCCCGUGUCAGGCUCCCUGCUCACAGGGAGUCUGCUUCUCCCUCUCCUCCCUGCCCAUGCUCUCUCUCUCAAAUAAUAAAAUCUUCAAGAAGAAUUUUUCUCUGAACAUACGUAGUUCCAUUCAGUGCUGAGCCUGUCAUUUAGACGUCCCUGUAUAAGAUAUUUGUAAUCGCAUAUUUUUCUGGGAAGUGAGGAUUUUUCUAAGGUUGAGAAAUAGGACUCCUAGUUCCCAAGUGUUGAAUAGAGAGCUAUUCCUACCCUCACCACCAUUCAAAAUCUCUUACUGAGCACAUACCACACGCCAAACAUUGUGCAAGAGGCUGAAAAUAGGAAGAUAAGUAAGAUGUGGUCUCUGUUCGCAAGGAGCGUUCAUAUGAGUGAAAGACACAAGCCAGGAAGUAUGGCCACAGCAACAGAGUAAAUGCCUCAUACCAGGUACCGUGGAAGACAGAAGAGGAGCUCUUGGACUUUGAACAACCACCUAGAAAUUCCACCCAGUGGGGGGCAUCCUCGGUACCCUUUGGUAAUAAUGCUGCUGACUGAUGACAAAGACAGUGAUGACAGGACCAGGCACUGUGCUCAGCACUUGUACGUUAUCGGCUUACUAUUCACUUAUACGGAGGAGGUUAGGACAAUAAUUGUAGUACGAAGUCACCAACGAAAAGACGCAAAGUUGAGCUACAAACCUGGGUCCGUCUGACAUGGCAUCCCAGGCUUUGGAAUGCUGCAGAGCUAGAUUCGAAUUCUAGCAAUGCACGUUCUACCCGGGUCGCUGUGGGUCAAUUACCUCACCUCUUUAAGCUCAAACUUAACGCUUCUGUAAGAUGGAGAUAAUUAUAACACCUGUGAAAGUGCUGCCUCUUCCUACCUGAUAGCUACUUCCUCUCCCUCCCUUGCUGAUGGAGCCCACCUCCAAGUACUGAGGCUGAAAACUCUAGAUAUUCAUGUUCUCAGUUGCCACUUUGUGACUAGGGUCUGGACAGAUGACCCAAUGCAACUCAGUGGGAGGAACAGUUCUUCUCUAAUACAAAUUAAAGCUAGGGGGCCCCUGGGUGGCUCAGUCAGUCAAGCGUCUGACUCUUGAUUUUGGCCCCGGUCGUGAUCUCAGGGUGGUGGGAUCAAGCCCCACAUCGGGAUCCGUGUUGGGUGUGGAGCCGACUUGGGAUUCUCUCUCUCCCUCUCCUCCUGCCCCUUCCCUUUCAUUUUAUGUGGUGUGAAGCCCAAUACGACUCUAGCCAGCUUGCGGUCAAAAAGAGGGAUGCCAUUGACACACUGAGGAAAACUUCAGAAAAGACAGAAAGCAAAGCCGUCCUUGUGCCAAUAACAUCAUGGAGCUCUGUGGGCACCGUGAAUAAUACAUUUUCUACAUUUUUUAAACCACUUUUACUUGGUCAUUCUGUUAGUCAUAGAUACAGCCUAUUUAUUGAGUUUUAGAUGAGCUAAAUUGUAUGAAGCACUUAGUAUAAUAUUUGCAUGUAGUAAGUGCUCAGUAAUAGAGGCUAUUAUAAUCUUUUUGGUCAAAGUUAGCAUGAUUUCUAUUUUGUAGCAUUUGAUCAUUAGUAUAAUAUGGAGUUUUCUUUCAUUUUUAUUUUUUUUAAGAUUUUAUUUAUUUAUUUGACAGAGAGCGACAGAGCACGAGCAGGGGGAGUGGCCGGCGGAAGGAGAAGCAGGUUCCCCACUGAGCAAGGAGCCCGAUGGAGGGGCUCGAUCCCAGGACCCUGAGAUCAUGACCUGAGCCGAAGGCAGACGCUUAACCAACUGAGCCACCCAGGCGCCCCUCUUCUUUCUUUUUUAGUAACUAAAUUGACCAGAUCUAAGCAUGUAUGUAAUGUAUAAAGCAAAUAGUCAAUGCCAUCUGACUUCUUAAGGGAUUAAACAGUGCAGAGUAACAACUAGGUGAAUGAGCACAGCGUAUCAAACCAUUAGAUGAGUCACUGCAUCAGUCAUUCGUUGCUUUCCAGACUCCUUCUAUGAUUGGCAUUAAAGGAUCAUGGGCAUCCUGACUGACCGUCAGGAAUGCCCCUGCAGCUCUACUCUCUGCCCUGUUAGGAUAUAGUGAGAGGUCAGCAGGCUGCAACUCAGAAGAGGGCUCUCCCCCGAGUUCCACCGCGCUGGCACCCCCAUCUCAGACUUCUAGCCCCCAGAACUGUAAGGAACACAUUUCUGUUGUUUAUGAGGGAAACAAAUGCACCAGUAGUUAGACAGGUUGGGUUUAUUGCCCGCCGCAGAGUCGGAGAACACACCUCUUUGGGAACGAUGGAGCGUUUCAUUCAGUAAAAGCCUAUUUGAAAGAACCUGUUAGGGGCAUCUGGGUGGCUCAGUCGAUGAAGCGUUGGCCUUCGGCUCAGGUCAUGAUCCCAGGGUCCUGGGAUCGAGCCCCGCAUCGGGCUCCCUGCUCAGUGAGGAGCCUGCUUUUCCCUCUGUGCCCCCCCAAACCCCAUCCCCACCCCCUGCCCACCGCUUGUACUCUCUCUCGUUGGCUCUCUCAAAUACAUAAAUAAAAAUCUUAAAAAAAAAAAAAAAAAGAACCUGUUACAGGAUUGGGAUUUUGGGUGGGUAAUUUGCAGGGGGUGGGGAAUCUAAAAAAAAGGCGGGGCUUUGUCCUAGGUCAAAUGCUGUAAGAAAGCAGGGCCAAUUCUGUAAUUGGGAAUCAAUAAAUCCUAUCUAGAGAGAGGGGAGGUUAAAACAAGGAUAAAGUUGCACUUGGCUAAUAAGUAGCAGUCAGUCCAGCUUAGCCAAGUGAGAUGUUGGGUAUUUUCUAGGUGACACACUGACUUUAUUGCUGUCUCUGCUUAGGCAAAAUUAUGGAGGGGCCUUAUUUUGUUUCCAGUCUAUCAUGAUCUUAGAGUGACAUUGGCUGAGGGGGAUGUUGGGUGAGAUGGUUGAUGUCUCAUGGGGAGUAGCCCGGCCUCACUGUGAGUGUAAGGCAAGCUUCUGGGUGUCAGGGGCUGUCUUUUCUGUUCUUUCUCAGUGUAACAGUAGAAGACACACACAUGCCCUUCUUCGUGUAAUGCUAUGUUUUGAAAUUCAGAAUGAAAAGCAGUAAGGUGAGGGUGCUUUCAUAUAAAGGGAGCAAAAUGCCGUGCUUUCUCUUAAUGGUUCAUGUUGGGGAAAUUCUAGAAUUCUCUUUAGCUGGUUUAAGGAGGUUAGGUUGGGAAUACCCCACCAAGAACAGGAAAAUCUUUCCUCAGAAGGUUAUAGACUGGCCAUAUCCUUCAUCCUGGUACCAAAGAUAAAAAAGGAAUUCUUACUACGUGUGCUAUUCAUCCACACUGAGUUUUUGGCAGUCAAAUCUCAUUUGUCAUGCCUGGUUAAAAAAAAAAAAAAUCCAGUGUUACCUUUUGGAAAAUCCUUUGACUGUCAUUGGUUUCUCUUUGUAUUUAUUCUUGUAUAUAUAUUUAACAAGAGAUGACAAAAGACCAUGGUACUAACUUGUUAAUUAACGUACGGAGAAUGGUAUUGUAAGUCACAGAUGAGCUUUAGUCAGUGUGAAUUCAGUUCUCAGUUCUAGAAAUAUUUUAUUUUUAAAAGAUUUUAUUUAUUUAUUUGACAGAGAGAGCGAGAGAGCAUAAGCAGGGAGAGCAACAGAGGGAGAGGGAGAAGCAGGGUUUCUGCUAAGCAAGGAGCCCAGUGCAGGACUCGAUCCCAGGACCCUGGGAUCAUGAUCUGAGCUGAAGGCAGACACUUAACUGACUGAGCCACCCAGGCGCCCAGUUCUAGAAAUAUUUUAGAGCCACAUGUCUACUUGCAAACGAAUAGUAAACCAUGAAGACAUAGGAGUCAUAAUUACAAUUAAAGCUGCAAUUCGAUUCUGGAUUGCAAGUUGGGAAAUACAUCACGUAGGAGCUAUUCAAGGAGACGCUUAAUAAAAGCAUUUUAGUAAAUGUCACUUCUGAAAAAACUUUUAAGAUAGUACUUGGAUAAUAAAAGGAAUAGAUGAUUGCUGAGUAGAUGUGUGCAAAAUAGACACAACACUGUCGUUCACACGCAUAACAGCACUACUCAUAUGUGUGAUUUUAACUAAGGCAGGAUUUUAUUUCUUAUUUCAUCUUCAUUGCAAGAACCCUUUUCUUCAUUCAGAGAAACUAAACACCUGUGUUACAAUAUCUUUUUGUUUUUCAUGCGAGAGAUCUCAAGGGUGAGGAUUACCUUCGAGCUUUCGCAUUUCUUUGCUUUUUUGUUUUGUGCCUGGCCAUAGUCAGUUGCUACUUGUUCAUUUUCUCCCCCCUUCUCUUCUGGAUCAUAUUCCGUGUAGACUUGUUCCUGUAGUAAUCAUUUAUAAUCCCCUAUAAACCUGUCUUGAAUUGAUAUGCAUGCAUUCAGCUCAACGCGUCUGCUUCAGGAUAUGCUCAAGAUGAAAAGCAAAAUGAAUAGCAUUUGACUGCUCCCUUCCCCUUCCAUGUGUCCCGACAGAAAGGCUUUAGUGGGAAAACAGAGGUAGCGAGGUAAUGGCUUGGCUCUGCGGACCUCAAGUUGCUUGUCAGUGGAAAGUAAGGGUGAAGACACCAAUGUAUGGUUCUCAAACUUUAUUGCGCACCAGAAUGCCCCGGGGGGUGCGUUAAAAUGCCAGUUGCUGAGCCCUACACCCGAGAGUUUCUGAUUCCUUAGGUCACAGGUAGCCCUGGAGAAUGUACAUUUCCAGCAAGUUCCCAGGGGUGCUGAGACUUCUGAUCCAGGGACCACACUUCAAAAACCUUCGCUGUCUUGGUAAAUAUCUAUCUCUUGAAAGCCCCCCUCCGUGGGCUGUAUCUUCCUCCUUUCAGGUCUAACCUUUCACCAUGAUGAGGUCACUUCGGGGUGUGAAUCAGCGUGAGGUCUCCACCUGUGGCUAGUCCCCAGGUCAGCUUCAGUCUUCCUAGGCUGCUUCCUGACCAGUUUUGCAGGCUCUUUGCUCAUGUCCCUGAGCCUUUGUUUCCCUAACAUCUUACCUGGGGCUCUGAAUCUUUGAAACGUCUUCUCUGGGCCUUACCUCCAGCCUGCCUCCCGCACCCACGUGACUUGAGGUGCCUGCCACCCUCUUUUCUGUUGGCAUCAACCGUUGGUGACCUGCCAUGUUCUGUGGUCACUCAGGUCCUUCAGGGAACUUCUCACCUACAGAAUGCUGACUUCGUUCAGUUCCACUGCUGGGAUUAUGAUAACGAAUUAGAUCUUCCCUGGGGGAUUUCAGGCACAUGGAAUUGUGUGAUUUGAUUGAGUUUGGAAGUGGAGAUAUGUGCUUAUUAGCUGUUGAGUCAUCAUAACUUCAGGACAAUGAGUAAUGGAUGUAUUGAGUAAUAACUGACUUGAGUUCUGCAAAGGCAAACUUAGAUUGAGCAGAGUCAAGGCGUAUUUAAGAAUUGUGUUAGUUUUGGGGCGCCUGGAUGGCUCAGUCAGUUAAGCGUCUGCCUUUGGCUCAGGUCAUGAUCCCAGGGUCCUGGGAUUGUGCCCUGAGUUGGGCUCCCUGCUCAGUGGGGAGCUUGCUUCUCCCUCUCCCCCUGCCCCUCCCCCACUGCUCAUUUUUUCUCUCUCUCUCUAAAAAUGAAUAAAAUCUUAAAAAAAAAAAAAAGAAUUGUGUUAGUUUUCUCUUGCUGCAUAAUAAAUUGCCACAAUGAAUGUCAUAAGGAAACACCCACUUGUCAGCUCCCAGUUCUGCGUGUCCGUGGUCCAGAGAGGAGAGCCGGGUCCCCUGCUCAGAGCUGCAGAGGGCUGAACUCAAGAGUAUCAGCUAGGUGCAGGCUCCCUCCCCUGGAGGAAGAAUCUGCUUCCAAGCUCAUUCAUGGGUGUUGGCAGAAUUCAGUUCCCUUUGUCUCUAGGACUGAGGUCCUCAUUUUCUUGCUAGCAGCCGGGUAUGACUAUCCACUCCCAGAUACCACUGGCCUUCCCUUUCAUAGGCAGUCUGGAAACACGGAAGCAACAGAAGCUGUCGAGGCCAGGGAGACUCUCCCUUGAGUCACAUGCUCUCUUGCUUUGACUCUCUCUGAUUUCAAAUUGCUCUGAUUUCCACCAGCCAGAGGAAGCUCUGCUUGGAAAGGGCUCGUGUAAUGAGAUGAAGCCUGGCUGCAUAAUCUCCCGGUGGAUAUUUAAUGUCCUGUAAUCAUGGGAGCGACAUCUCGUCGCACUCACACAUCUCACAAAGGUGAGAUUUGUGCAAGGUUGAGGGACACUGGCCAGGGGGUAGGGAGGAUUCUGACUACUUCAGUCCACCCUCCGACCCCCAAUCAUUCACGUCUGUCCCACAUGCAAAAUACACACACCUCCUCCAAAGGUUUCUGGGGGCUUUAUAUCCCUUUGUAGCGUCAGUUCAAAGUCCCAAAUCUCAUCCAAAAAUGGUCAGCUCAGAAGUCCAAAAUAUUCAUCAUCUGAAUCAGAUGCUGAUCAACCUCCUGGAUAUAAUGAGUUCUGAGCAUAAUUCCUUUGUAUUUGUGGAUCUGUGAAAUUAAAGAGACAAGUUAUCUACCCCCACGUGCCCUAGGGGCAGCUUGGGCAGGAAAUGACAGUUACGGGCAUUUCUGUUCAACAAGGGGGUAAAUGAAGGCACAUAAGAACUAUCAGUCUAAAGCAGUUUUUUUAAAAGAUUUUUUAUUUGAGAGAGAGCGAGAGAAUGAGCAGGGGGAGGGGCAGAAGCAGGUUUCCCACGGAGCAGGGAGCCCAACAGCGGGACUCGAUCCCAGGACCCUGAGAUCAGGACCUGAGCCGAAGGCAGACACUUAACUGACUGAGCCACCCGGGCGCCCCAGCCUAAAGCAGUUUUUACAUCCAGCUGGGCCAACUUCAUUGGGUUUCAGGGGUUGGAAGUAAUCUUCCCUGACUCUGUGUUUCACUCUCCAGUCUCUUGGUUUUUCCCUCCUGACUCUUGGUUCUGCCCUCAGGGUGAGGGUCAUUGGAGGUCAUUCCUAGAAUGCUGCCUCCCGAAGCAAUGAUAUGAUUGUUUGUGUAGCCCACAUUUCAGGUAUCUUGAGGAAUUUAUGGCAGAUACAUAGGAACACAUGAUAUAUUGAUAAGCAUACUACAACCCACAUGUUUAUAAAGCUAAUAAAAUGAUACCCCAGUUUUUAAGCACAGAGAUAUUAACCACCACAUGUCAGGUUAUGAGUCAUUGCCCCAGCAGUGAGCUCAUACUCAUAAGACGAUGACUUCUUGAAGUAAGGAGCAUCCACCGGGAAAGGUCAUCUAAUAGAUGAUUAUCUCAAGAACGAAACAUGAGGAAAUCAAAGAACUGAAAAAAAAGUUUACAAUCAAUGCUUUAAACAAAGUCCUCUCACAUUUCCUUAAGCCAGGGCUUCUCUAAAAUAGUCAAAUCUCAUCAAUAACAAGAAGCCAACUGAAUCUCAUUUGCAUUUGGGUAGUUAACUUCUUAAUAUUAAAAUAACAAAUCACCACAACCUACUUUCGGCACAGCGCCUAGCACAUGGAAGCCUCUUUGGGGAGAAUUUCGGCAGUGGUAUUAAUUUAAAUCCUAUAACGCUGAAGAGCACUCCCAUCCAUGCAAAUCCGUCUUGAGUGGGACCCUUGGACAAAGUCACAAGAAGGCUGAUAGAGGCAAAAAAGAGAGAUCUCUAAUGAUCUGCAGCAGACCGAGCCAAGGUAGGGACCACCUAGUAAGUGAAACCUAGAACCCAAUCACGAAUCUGAUUCUGAUUCAGAGGGAAUCUUUGAGAUUUCUGGAUAGAGUGGAGGGGAUUAUGGUGUUGGACUAGCAGGCCAGGGAUCACAUUAGCAACAGAGCAGAAAAUGGACUAGUGGACAGAGUGAGGAGAGGACAGUGGGGAGACGUGACAGCGAUAAUGUGGACAUUUCAUUCUUCUCGCAUUAAAACAAUGGUCUGGGGCGCCUGGGUGGCUCAGUUGGUUAAGCGACUGCCUUUGCCUCAGGUCAUGAUCCCGGACUCCUGGGAUCGAGUCCCGCAUCGGGCUCCCUGCUCGGCGGGGAGUCUGCUUCUCCCUCUGACCCUCCCUCCUCUCAUGUGCUCGCUCUCUCUCAUUCUCUCUCUCUCAAAUAAAUAAAUAAAAUCUUAAAAAAAAAAAAAAAAAAACAAUGGUCUGGACCCACUGUCAGCCCUGAAUGUUCUCUGGGGCAUUUCUCGAGGAGCAGUCGUGGACUCGUGCUAAUAUAACUGUCACUUCUGGUUGGCAAGCGUGACAGUGGGUCAUUGUUGCAGUUAUGACAGCGCGUAAGGGCCUGUGAGGAUUCAGUGUGUGGCUGGAGACGCACACGUGUUUGGUCAGCAGAGACAGGACGAGAACUCCGGGGCUGGCCUUAUUACGAUGAUCUAAUGGAUACUCCUUCUCGAGUCCCCCCUGGGUGCAGAACACUCUAUUGAGUGUUUGACAAGUGUUAGCUCGUUCAGUUCUCAAAGCAAGCCCCUGGCAGUAGGAACGUGCAGCCUGUUGUACAGUUGGGGAAACCGAGGCUCCAAGCGCUAUUGCUGUUUGGACACAUGAUUAGUCGGAGGCGGUUGCCUCCGUAGUGCUCUGUAUACUUUUCUCAAAGCUUGCCCAUUAAAUUCAAAUUACCUGUUCACGUGUCUGUCACCCACACCAGACUGCCGGGUCCCGAGGAGAGGGACUCUGUCUUAUCUUGCACCUCGUAUGGGCCACACACGGGUGUUGAACUGAAUUAUCUGCCUGUGACGCCUGUGUUCUUGUCAUCUGGCAGGUGUGCUAACUCCCCAAACUUAGUAGCCUUAGGAAUGUUGUAAAAAUGUGGCAGGCAGGGCGCCUGGGUGGCUCAGUUGGUUAAGCAACUGCCUUCGGCUCAGGUCAUGAUCCUGGAGUCCCUGGAUCGAGUCCCGCAUCGGGCUCCCUGCUCGGCAGGGGGUCUGCUUCUCCCUCUGACCCUCCCCCCUCUCAUGCUCUCUCUCUCAUUCUCUCUGUCUCAAAUAAAAAAUAAAUAAAAUCUUAAAAAAAAAAAAACUCAACCAGAAAGUAGGAUUCCUUUUCUUCAUAAUUAAAGUAUGAUGUUAUAAUUCAAGUGAUAAACUGAGAAUUCCUUCACAUGUGUUUGUUAGAGAGCCAGUAGCUGUUUUGAGAGAUUUAAAUAAUGCCAACAAAGUCAUAGUAUCUUUAAUUGCUCAGUACAAAGAGUAUAAUGCUGCUCACAGCAUUAGUAUAAAUGCUGAGGUAAGAGAACAGUUUCAUAACAGUGCCAUGAUAGUGUCAUUAGAAAGAACAUCACGUGCUAUUCGAGCAGCAUUAUGCAGAAUAUGAGCAAGACAGCCAGUGCUUUCUAUGGAAUAUAUCUGUGCUUUUCUUCAACUGUGAAUAAACUUUUUCUGCACCUUUGCCCAAACAACUGCAUGGUCUACAUCAAAAGCAAUACAAUGGGGCGCCUGGGUGGCUCAGUCGUUGAGUGUCUGCCUUUGGCUCAGGUCAUGAUCCCAGGGUCCUGGGAUCGAGUCCCGCAUCAGGCUCCCUGCUCAGCGGGGAGUCUGCUUCUCCCUCUGACCCUCCCCCCCUCUCAUGCUCUCUCUAUCUCAUUCUCUCUCUCAAAUAAAUAAAUAAAAUCUUUAAAAAAAAAUGUGGCAGGCACACAAUCUGGGCCUGGAGGCAAGGAGAGUGCAGAGUUUUAGAAGACCUUCUAGAAAUGACCUGUGUUCUCUUCAGAGGAAGUCAUUCUCAAAAUUCUUCACUCAUGCAAAUUCUUAUUUAUUUUUUUAAAAGAUUUUAUUUAUUUGUCAGAGAGAGACCACAAGCAGGGUGAUCGGCAGGCAGAGGGAGGAGCAGACUCCCCGCUGAGCAAGGAGCCUGAUGUGGGGCUUGAACCCGGGACCCUGGGAUCAUGACCUGCAGCUGAAGGCAGAUGCUUAACCAACUGAGCCACCCAGUCGCCCCCAUUCAAGCAAUUUCUUGAUGAUGAGGAGAAACUGGUCUCCAUGAACAACACUAUUGUUACAGAGACACUUGCAGAAAUUCUUUGUUCUUCUACCAUUCUCUCCCCUCCACCUCCUAGAGCACACAGCAUCACAGGAGAAAUCGGGCAAAUAGUUGUUGCAUGUGUCUUGUGUUCCUGGCAUGGCUGCUCGGCACCAGGUAACACGAGGGGAUGGGGCACAGGCCCAUGGAGCGCACAGAUGAGCUGACGGUAACCAAGGCCUGACCGCAGCGAGGAGCACGUAUGGGACUACACGCUCCAAAUUAGCCUUUCAAGGUAGAGAAAGUGCAGAGGACCAUUAAGAGGCCUCCAGGCAGCAUGGUGAAGUAGGCAUUCACUUGGAAAGGGUUGUGCGUGAGGCCUGAAGCCAAGUGCUGAGCAAGAGUGUGUCAGAGAUGCAGGGUCGCGAAACCAAGAUGGCGGGAAGGAAGGCUUGGAGGAGGAGAAUGGUAAGAACCAAGGACGUGGGGCAAGUGGAGACCGGAUCCUGGAGGGCCUUGUAAACCACAUCACCGUCUGUAGCCUUCUCCCUAAGAGCAGCGGGAAGCCCCUGAGCGCAGAGGAGCGGCAUGAUCUACGUGCAUUCCUCUCUGACCAGCAGAGGGGAACAUGAGCUGAAGGAGGCAAGAGCAAUUGUAGGGAGUUAGGGCAUGAAUGCCUCCAUCUGCAAGGAUUAAUAGGACCACCCUGCGAAGCACCAGGACCGCAUUCAUCACCAGGUUAAUUCUCGGCCCAGCGAGACCUCCUUUGCCUCCAUCACGAGUCUGUCUGGACAUUUCCUGAGGGUGGAGUGAGGGGGAUGGUGGGCUGGCUUUGCGUACUCCUGCGGCUUGUCCCACCCUGACUCCCUCCUCCACUACGUUCCACUCAUGUUUGACUUUCCCAAGUGCCUUGAGCUCUUUAUCUUUUCUUUCUUUUUUAAAAAAAUUUAAAUUCAAUUAGCCAACAUACAGUACAUACUUUAGUCUCAGAUGUAGUGUUCAAUAGUUGACCCAGUGCUCAUCACAUCUUUUCUUUUUUGCUUUUAACUUUGCAACAGGCCCUUGAUCAAAUGAUGUUUGCUCCCGCCCUGCCCCCCGCCCCCACCCCCAGACCACCCUUUGUCCCGGCUUUGCUCAUUCCCACCGGUUGACUGUUUUUCCUCCAGCUUUCUCGUCAAAUGUCCUUUCCUCAGGGCAGCCCACCCUGACCCCUGAGAAUACCCGUCAGGCCCCUGUCGUGCUCGCUCGCAGACAUCCUGUGUUUCUCCUUCCUAAGUGUGUAUCGCCAUUCAUUCUGUUUCAUUGUUCCUGUUGUUCAAAAAUCUUUCAAUAGCAAAUGAAUGAAAUCCUACUCCAAUGGGCUGAAGCACAACACAGAAGAGGUGGCAGGAGGGGAUGCACUGGUUCACAGAACAGGGAGGCCGGGACAGGGUCGGCAUGAGCAGGAGGACCAUGGUCCAUGGUCAAGAGCUUGGGUUCUGCGGUGAGACUGUCCGGAUACCGACUCCACUUGCCACUGGCCGACUGGUCGUGCGAUUUCGUCCAAGUUACUCCACUGCUCCAUCCCUCAGUUUCCCCAUCUGUGUCCCAGCGCUUCCAGCGUUAGGAAAAUCAAUAAAGCAACCAGCCUCAAGCUUUUCUGCACAGCCCCUUCCACAGAGAAACAAGAUAUAAAUGCUCACUGUUAUUGUCAGUGGCAGAACGAACGCCCGGUUCCAUAUUUCUGGAACCUCUACUCCCGCCUCUACGCGUGGCUACAACUUUGACCCCUCCUUUCGGGUCUCGGCUCACACAUCCCUUCCUGGAGGUCGGGGCUUCCCUUCUGAUGAGUAGGUGACGGGGGUUGGGAUCUGCCUGCCCCACAUCUGGUUUGGUCUGGGAACUCGGGCAGAGGCUGAGUCUUCCUGCCACUGGUUCUGUGUGGUGCCUGAUGUAGAAAUAGACUCAGACUUAGCAGUGAGGUACAUGAUUCUAACUAGGGGACCCAGUCUGGUGGUUUUACCCCCCAGAACCCCACACCCUGGAUAUUGUCUACAGCACCCAGUCCAAGAACACCCACACCACAUUCCUGGGCAGGAAUAAUAAGGGAUUCUAGCCCCAGAACCUACUGAAUAGAUAGAUGCACUGGAUUAGAGUUUGGGUGUUGUGGAUUAGAGAUUGGGUGUGGGCUUCUUUAUCUGUGUGUUGUCGUGGAUUAGAGUUCGGGUGUGGGCUUCUUUAUCUGCAUCUUGUUGUUUGAGAGUAAAGUGGAACAUAACAUGGACAAAUCAGGCCUUUUGACUCGCUGAUCUGGAAAGCAGACCUUGAGAUCUGGGUGAAAGACUUGUAUUCGGGACCACCCCUUGGCUGUGGAGCCAGUGACUUAGCCAGGCGUUUUUAGCAUCACGUCCAGCUUGCUCUCAGUAGAAACAGAAGUCGAUGGUUACUUGGCAGCCUUUAGGCUAGCAGAGGCUAAACGUGGGCCUGCCUGGCCUGCUCAGGAAAGUUGCACGGCCUCAUCGAGUUCAGCUUCUCUUGCGUGGUUUUCCAAGCUGCUCCAUGCCCUGACUCCUUCCAAAUUCUCCCUUCACUUCUCACCACUCCCCUGUCUGGGUUGUUUCCUAGCUACAUGGAACUUCUGUCAGUUCCUCAGCAGCCAGGCCCUCUCUUGCCUCUGCGUCUUUCACUCUUCCUGGAACUUCCUUCACCUCUUCUUCUGUGACAGCUCUAACCGUCACAGCCUCCGGAGAGCUCUACCCCCAGCCUCCCCCAGCCCACGUGAGAUACUCCUGAUGCUCCAGGAGGACAUGUAGGACGCGAUCUUGCUCAUGCGCUCUGUGUCCCAGGUCUCGUUGCUGGGCAUAGUGCAUAUCAGCACAAAAUACAUGUUGAGAGACGAAGAGACCAAGGGAAGCAGUGAAUGAAUGUAUGGGCAAAAUAUACCUAUCCUCCAUGAAUGACUAAUCAGAGAGUUACUUGCAGUGGGGAGGGACCUAGAAGGUGAGGGGUUGUGGGUGUUCUUGGACUGCGUGCUGUAGACUAAGGAAUUGAAGCCUGUCCGAAAGGCCUGGGAGAACCCUUAGGUCAAAUAAUAAAGUAAAGUAAAGUAAAGUAAAGUAAAGUAAAGUAAAGUAAAAGGUAAAGUAAAGUAAAGUAAAGUAAAAAGUAAAGUAAAGUAAAGUAAAGUAAAAUAAAGUAAAAUAAAGUAAAAUAAAAUAAAAUAAAAAAAUAAAAUAAAAUAAAAUAUAAAAUAAUAAAAUAAAAUAAAUAAAAUAAAAUAAAAUAAAAUAAAAUAAAAUAAAAUAAAUAGCAAACUGAUUUAGCCAAAGUACAACAAAGCCUAGAAAACUGACCGAUUGUCAUGAGCCUAAGUAGGAUGGAUGCACCACUUCAAGGACACAUCAGCUAGCCUGCUCCCGAGGAUUCAAUCUGUCCUUCUCGAGGGGGAAACUUCCAUUUAUAACACAGAUCUACCACAAAUGUAGUCUUCAGACAGUUCCUCAAGGGCCCUCCACAAGAGCACGGAGCUCACAAAACGGACACUUUAGGGCCUUCUCCCCUCCUGACCAGGACCCAUGACCCAAGAUGGGCUUGUGAGAACAGUAGGCUACUCUGGCCAUUCGGGGGCAGGAAGGGAGGCUGAGACUUAGCAUGGCGCCCACCUACCAGCGUGGCCAGGCUUUGAAGAACUAACAACUUGGUGGCAGAGAUUAAUGCCAAAAGAAGAGCCAGACAGGAGCCGCUGUUAUGAGGAAACACAGCAGCUUCGGUUAACGAUCCCAGCAGCCAGUGGCCAGAGUGUUUCCAAGCAGAAGUAUGGGGAGUUGGAAGGUGUGUUCACGAUGGCUUCAGCAAGAGUCAAAGGAACAGAAUCCUCAGCGUCAGGGUUGAGCUCAGGGUGGGGGUCAGCACAAGUUCACGCUGGAGGUACCAGGAGGUGGCAGGAGAAAGAAGCCAGAAGCAAGUGGGAGGGGUCAGGGAAAGUGACUGUUGUAGCCCUGGCCUCUUUCGAGAGAGGUCAGCAGUGAACCCUGCCAGGCCCUUGCAGGAAGGACCUAAAGAUGGGGUGGAGACCCAGAACCAGUGGACAGGGUCCCUCGGUGCUCAGGAAGUCACAGGGAUGGGAAAUGAGGUGGGGCUGAUCCUCAGGGGGAUCCAUCUUACACAGUUUUAGGCUGGGACAUAGCGGAUUCCACCGCAGGACAGCUGGUGGCCUGUGGCGUCUAGAGCCGUGAGCACCUCGGAGGUGUUGCAGCUGCCCCGGAAUUUAGGUCGUCACCUUGGCAGAGAGAGAAUCGUCACUAAUAAUUCAUCCCAACGCAUGGGGGGUAGGAGGCCUUCCAGCUGAGUGUCUAAGGAGGCGCCUGGGAGCUCCCGUGUCGGGGUGCAUCAGUGGGUGUGGGAGAAGGCAACUUUGAAGUGGAGUCUGGAACUGAGACAAGAUGGUGAAAACACCAAAGGGGUGAGGGUGGUGAAAGCCAAACUCACUUCCAAGGCUCUUUACGAAAUAAGGCACCAGAUGACCAUUCAGAGGCUUAGGGGCAGGCGUGGUGGCUUUGAUCCCAGGGCUGGGAGAAGGGGGAGGAGUGCCCUAGACCCAGGGUGGGGUGGCAACAGGGGACCUAGUUGGGCUACUGGAUUAGAAGUGGUCUGACUCCUCCCUCUCUAAUAAAGUGUGGCUCUUAAGACAUUGGGUGGAGUCUCAUAUGUUUGCAACUGACAAGAACUCAGCCUAUGUGACAUCAGUCUGGGCAGCGACAGAAUUCAACACCAGGAUUUCUCACUUAAGGUGUGGUUCAUCAGGGUGUAAACCAGGUUGGUAAACUGCCCAAUAAACAAUUCUUACAGCAUCAGUGGGGUCAUCCAUCAGUCAUAUAGCCAACAUCCUUGGGCCUGGGCUGAAUUUGCUCUUGGCUAAUGGCUGUCUUGGGUUUUCUGUCCAGUGAGUCUUACUGAGUAGACACUAAGGUAAUUGGGAGAAACAGGGCUAGGAUGCCCACUAGUGAUGUCACAUUCUCUUUACAAAGUUGGACAAGAACCCAUAAGACCAUGUUCUCCAACUUAGAGGGUGGAAGAAUCAUCUCCUGGAUUUGUUAAAACGCAGACUCUUGUGUUUCACAUCGAAGCUAGUUAAUCUGAAUUUCCAAGAAUGUGUUCCAGGAGUCUUCUCCUUAAAUAACUUUCCUAGGUGGUCCAUAUUCUUAAGAUCUGUGCACCAUACCCUAAGAAACAAUAAUGUCGAGGCCCAUUCUGCUGCAGGAAGUAGAGAUGGCUUUUUUAUCUUACGAGGAUGGAUAAGAUCCUCCACUGUUUGGCUCACUCAUGAUGGCCUGGAUGCGGUUGUAAGGAGUCUGGGAGAGAUGUGGUCUUCAGACCUGAGCCAAAAUCAAGAGUUGGGGGCUCAACCAACUGCGCCCCCCGGAGUUCACCAUUUUUUUUUUUACAUCAUCCUCAUGGGCAGUUUGUUCUGGUGGCAAAUGGAAGAAUGGGUCAAUGGGUCAAAUUUCCUACUACUAGUCAUUUAUUUUGAGAACAAUGUAAGCAUCUCCCCCCUACACUCAUCACGAACUCUGCGUUCUAAUGUAAGACCUCGGCAAACUCAAGUGUCGGUGCGGGUACAUCUGUAAUAUUUUUUUACCUGCUCUCUUAUUCACAGCAGCCAGGACUUUUUUCAACCUCAGAGCGAGUUUCCCAAAGGUAAACACUUUCUCUGUUCACCAGUCUUUGGUCAGCGUGCAUCUGGUCCACCCGUAAAUUAGCCAGCAUAUCAUUUGGGUCAUUCUGUCCUUUGUAAAUCAAGAUGUUUUGUAUAUCCUGCCUUUAAGGACUGGACUUUUGGCUGCUUCCUAAGGGGGAAAAAAAUGUAGAUAGGUGGUUAUUAUUUAGAGUUUAGAAGCCUGUUGUUAGCACCUUGUAUUAUGAUGUCAUUUUGCUGAAGAUUGCCAAGAUUCGGUCUGGAUCCCUAGAGGACUAGAAUGCCUUAGUUUAAUUCUGCUUCCUAGCUUGCAAAAAGGGACGUAUUCAGAUAUUCAAAAGAAAUUCAAAUGCCAAAAUCUGAAAAAGCAAAAAGGUGAGAUGGAUAAAUAUUCAGGGGGGAUAAUUACUGGACGCAUCUGCCAGACUGGGGCUCAGGCCAACGAAUUAGUGGUGAGGCAGUAAUUCCUGGUUGAUUAGUGGCUACCCACAUAGGCCUGGGCAGCCAGGCAGUGGCAGGCACAGAGGUCAGGGCAGGAAGAAGGGCUGAGACUAAAGGUCAUGUACACAUGGAUCAUUGUCAGCUGCCCUUGAUGGACAGGACUGUGCUUCUGACAGUGGCCUCAUAUCUGGGGUGACUCUGGCCUCUUUCAUCUGCCCACACCUGGGAGCCUCUUUUUAGCUCUUCAAGAUCCUCAGAUUUCCUGCUCUGAGUGACCAAUUACAUCCUCACCUCUUUGAGAAAUGUGGGCUUCUGUGUCAGAACUUCUGGACAUUGUUGAGUGAGCUGGGUUGGGAUGUAUCAGGGGAGACUCUCAAGGGGUGGAAGCCAGUUCUUGAGACUCUUCAGGAUCUUUCUCAUCUAUUGCUCCUAGAGAGCUGGGGUCAGGGCCCUGACAACUUCAGGAAAUGGGCUAACAGAGGAAAGAAGCACAUACUUUUACAAUGACGCAGGAUUUCUAGCUGGUGAUAAUGUGAUGAGUAAGAAUAUGGCACCAUGCCAGUGAGGGAGACAGUGCCAGGAGAUGAUCAGAAUUUGGCGAUCGAGUUGCUGCCUCUUCCUUUUGCAUAGUUCAGGGAAGGAAAGAGAGGCUAGGCCAAAAUAUACAGCGAGAAUCCAGAAAGCUCCCGGCUACAAGAAUUCUGCUCUGCCUUACUUCUGUGAUGGUAAGAUUCAUCAGGGCUCACGAGUUUCCUUUGUAAAAGGUGAGUACCCCCUGGAUGUAUUCUUGCUUUAAGUAGAUUACUUGCACCCGGCCGAGCUCCUGAAACUUCCAAGAGGGCAGCCGACCUAGAGAAUGUGAAUUCUGGUGGAGUUGUACAACUAGGAAAUGGUGAGUUGUGAUGCACUUUGAGGGAGGGGAGCUGGGAUUUUGCACAUUCAGAGGUUGCAUAGGGUACCACCCUGUGUCUGGGGGUGGGGGCGAGUGGGGAAGAAGGGAGGGGCCAUUUACCUGUGUCCGGUCAUCUCCCUGCUUUCUCCAUUGGGCUCCCUCCCUUCUCCCACUGCUUUUUGGCUGGGCCUACUCCCACUCAUUCUUUAGGAUCCACACCUCCUUCCCAGCCUCGCCCAAGGAGCGUUGGCAGCUCCAUCCUUUGGGCCCUCGGGGUUGUUUAUAUACAUAUUUCACUCUGAUCUGUUUAUCUACGUUUCUCCCACAGCCAUGAGUUCUUUGAAAGCAAGGAUCCAUGUAUUCACUUAGCAUCUGACGAGUACACAGUGGGACUCACGAUGCACAGGCAAUGCUAUGCACACGAUGAAUGGAUUGAUAACAAUAAAAUCCUUCGCACCUUGUUUAAACAAAUGAUCAAUCGGUGUUGAUAAAAUAGGUUUCUCAUACGAUAAAGGCGUUUCUGAAUGGCUGGGGAAGGCUACGUGCUAUUUUUGUGUUACUUCUGUAUUCAUGAAAGCAGGCUCCUUUCAUGCUUUUCUGAAUUAAACUGCUGCCCAGUUAGUUACUGAAAACAAAAAGUAUUUUUCCGUUCACCCAAAUCAGACCAAAUUAAUGAAGAUCAUCAAAACCGUGCAAGCGGACGGUUUCACUGAAGUUUCUGGUUUAAGCAGAGGCCAGCAAGAAGUAAACGUUUGAAAAUCCCCAGAAGAGGGGCACCUGCCAGGCUCAGUCAGUGGAGCGGGUGACUCUUGAUAUGGGGGUCAUGAGUUCGAGCCCCACGUUGGGUGUAGAGAUUAUUAAAAAAUAAAUAAACUUAAGAAAAAAAAAUCCCCAGAAGGGAAACUGUAGAAAGAAUACCCUACUAAUUACAGGAGAUUAUAUGGACCCCCAAAUCACAAGGGUGGCCAGGCGAAUUUGGGGAAAUUUGAUGCAUCAUUUUACACAUUCUAGAGGAAUUUUAAAAAUGUAAUCUUCAGUGGGUGCAUGGUUUGGUGAAUUCAGCACACUCCUUUGCUGCUCAUAUCGCAGAUUGGCCUAACUCUUUGGGAAAGCAGAAUGACAGUAUGUACGAGAAGCCAGAAAGAAGUUCCAUAAUCCAACUCCUGGAAAUUUAUCCCAAAGCAAUACAUGAAAAGAAGAAAACCUAUACGCUUGAAAAUGUAUGUUGUUCUGGUAAUAAGGGUGCCGUCUCUCUGCUAGUCCAGUUGGUCUCCAUCACCCUUUCAGGCAUGGGAUGAUGUUGCCUCUGGGCUCCCAGUAUCCUGGGGGCCUCCCAGGGAGGUACCCUCACAGACACCUGUAAAGCGUUGGGUCUCCCACAAGCCCAGUGAAUCAGAGCUGUGGAUGCAGGCGACACCCCACUCCCCUCAGAGCAGACCAAGGAUUCACCUUGGCUCCUGGCUGUGGCACCUCAUUUUAUGUGCCAUCCCUCUGGGUCCCUCCCCAUUUUUCCAGUCCGCUAGUUCCCACCUGCACCAUCUGGAGGCUCCUUAGAACUUGAGUCCAUGGUUCUUCUUGGUAUAUAGCCCCCAGAGCAUUCUCAGGCUUUUAGGAAGACAAUAAUUGCUGAUUAAAUCAGAAUCCAAAGCCUUAACAACCAAACCAAUCCCUAUCCAACCAACCCAACCGAACAAAAACCUUUUACUUCCCAUUCAGAGAGUGUUGGGAGGAGGCAGGUGUUUCGAAAAAGAAUGUAAGACCAUUUAACAAAAAAACAAAAGGAAUUUUAGUUGAGAUUCUUUAAGAAAAGUAAAAACUAAAAAAAAAAAAAAUUAGAAGAACAAAUUUGCCAAAAUCUUUAGAAAUGGAGACAACCUCCAAUAGGGGAUUGAUGAGUAAAAUUAGUGGUCCUCAAACAUUUCUGCUUACUACAUGAAAUACUGUUUACCCUCUUGCAUAUUUUUAGGUUAACAUUUAAAAUUUUCAUCAUAAGUUUAAGUAGUUGCAAAGGAGGCAAUUUCCUGCAUACUAUAAACAUUGACAUUUUAAAAUGGAAUAGUCGGUCUCUUAAAUGAAUCCAAUAAAAUGUAAACACCAUAGUGAUUAUGCCUACUAUUCACCAUUUCAAAAAUAUAUGAAAAGCCUCUUCUUUACCUACAGUAUAGUCUGCCUAGUUUAUUUUUCUCUUUACGCUAUAACUCCAUUCCAUAUUCUCACCCCUAAGGAUUAUAUCCUAAUUUCAUGUAUUUCUGUGUUUGAAUGUAUUUUUUCUAUCACCCUACUAUACUUCUCUGCAAUGAAAAGAUAUAUACAUUUAAAUUUCAAUUUUUAAUUUUCCUGUGGCUAAGUGCUGAAACAUUUUCUUCUAGAUUGAGAUAUAUUUAUCAGUAAUAAUCAAGUAUUCAAAAUAAUAUAAAAUAUAUUACAAAGUUUUAAAAUUAUUAGACAUAAGUAUUUUUUUUUACAAUUACUGCAUGUAUUUGUUGUUGAAUACUACUACUUACAAGAAAGAGAUAUAGUUUAGCAUCAAUGUUUUCUGUUUUUCAUUUUUGUAAAUUCUAAGAAUGUUUUUACCAUUACUAAGUAGAUGGGGUUGUAAGGUGUUCUGAACUUUUCAAUCCUUAGAACUCCUUCUAAUUUAUACACUCAUUUAGUGAUCUUAAGGUCAUCCUUUAUUGAAAGCAAUUAUUUGGAAAUCAUAUGACUCGCAGAAGAACUUGUUACACAGCCAUUAGAAGUAUAUACUUUCUCAACACAGUCUGGUAUUUUAAGUAGAUAAAAAACUGACAAAGUUUCCCUGAAGUUUUUACACCCUGGAAUAAUGCACCCUUUUAAGAUUCUCAGUGAAUGAGAGUUAUGCCCCCCCCCCUUUUUUUGCAAUUUGGAAAAUAUAAGGCUAUGGUGAUACAGUUAGGAAAGGAAACAGGGAGACACCUUGACUGCAUUCUCUAAAACAGCAAAUCAGUUUCUGGAAAUAAUAUAGAUGCAAGUUGAAGAUUCAGAAACAAGUGGUCUUAAAAUGAUCUUAAGUAUGCACCUACCCCUUGAAAAUCCCCUGGGGGGGUGCACAUCUCAGUUUGCAGGCCAUUUACAUCAUCUUAUUGAAUUUGGUAAGAGAGACAGGUCAGCUCAGGCUACGUCUUGGUUGGGAUUUUGUAACUGGGAUUUUGUAAUUUUGUACCUUGGGAGUAUAGAACUGUGGCACUAGGGAUAAAACAGCUAUUCCUCUGGGUUGGUAGAUUGUUAAAGAAGGCUGCCCUGAUCCUUUAUAUUCUAUUCUUCUAUGUUUUCUUCUCAAUGCUAGUAACCUGAACUUCAAUUUUGGGGUACCAAUGUGGAGCCCGUAUACUGACUACCUAAAUAAAAAAUGAUUAUUAAGACUGUAAAAACAUGAGAAAUCUUUGGAGUAUGGUAAGGGAAAAAAGCAAAAUAUGUAGCUGUAUGAAAAUUAGGACUUCAAUUAUGCAAAACUACAUCAACUACAAAACUACAUAAAUUUCUCGACAACACUGUGAGUCAAUAAGCAAAAAUGAAGUUGUGAUUUGUGUGUGUGUGAAAUGUCUUUUAAAAUAAUGAUUACCUUUGUGGGGCUGGGGUCAGAUAAUCUGUCUAAUCUGAUAUUCUCUUUCCCCCGGUGGUACCCAAGGAAUUGGGUGCAAGUUUAAGUUCCCCAAAAUAAAGCUUUCAAGAGAUGGAUGAUCAGUUUUUCAAACACUAUUUUCUCAUCACGAUUCACUAUGGGCGUCAUUCCCCAAACAGGCUUACACUCUUCUUCAAGCUGGUUUAAUACAUCCCAUGUCUUAACGUCAUAAAUUUGUUCGGUGCUCUGGUUGUCAGAUGUUGCAAGGCGGUGAGACAACAGACUCUCCGUGGCUUUAUAUCCGUUUGGGGUGCAGCGAUUAACAUUGAACUUCGGUUCCUGUAACUCCUGCCUGUGUCGAUAGAGUUAAGCUGGGGAGUUUUGCUGUGAAGGAUAAAGAAAAGCGCAGCCUCUCAACUGGACAUAAAUGGAUCUAAAGACAGCAGUAUUUAACGCAGCUCGGGAUGGCAAACUCCGGCUUCUCACCAAGUUGUUGGCAAGCAAAUCCAAAGAGGAGGUUUCCUCCU